UGCGCUUUUCCCUCUCCAACCUCAGACAAUAAAAACAAGGCGAAACCCACAGACAGCAGCAUCUCAGCACCAUUCUUGGACUGGCAUCCGAGUAAUGUGUGAAUAGUCGAAAAGCUCACAAAUAACCAGGAGAAAUAUGGAUACACGGCCGCCGAUCUGCGACUAGAGAUGUAGUUUUCGAGGAUGCCAGCCAACUACAUCUCUCGUUUGCUCCUCUUCGUCUCUAUCUGCGCGGUUUGGGAGGCGCUGGCCAAAUCUCUUCCAGAUCAGGGAGCAUUUGAGGUGCAAAUUAAAGUCCAGGUGUUCGACAACAGCGACCUGUCACCUCUGGCGGAUGCUCAGGUGGAAGUCCAUGGGAAUCAAACCAUCUUGGCAUCCAGCAAGGCGGGCAGCGAUGGUGUCGUGAAAGUCAGUUUCAUGUACCGCGCAGGAACAUGGGUCAUCAUUACCGCAUCCAAACGCGACUACGUCACCAACUCUGUGCCCUGGCACUCCAGCCGCAUCCCCUUGUAUGCAUCAGUCAGCCUGUAUCUGCUGGUCCAGAGGCCGGGAACACUCAUCCUGUACGAUGACGUCCUGCAGGUGCUGUCUGGGUCACCAGGUGCUCGUAACCAGCCGCUGGUGCAGCUCCAGAGGAAGUCCCUUCAGCUGCCGUCCAACUCUAACUACACAAUGUUGUCGGCGGCGCUGACAACAGCCAGGAGCCAGUAUGAGAUAGGAGGGUUUCCAUUUCUACUGGGCCAGGAGACCAACAGCUCAGGUGUAGAAACAGGGUGGACAGACUUAACAGCACUGGCAGUGGUCAGCAUUCAGCUCUUUGACAAAGAUGGGGGUCCAAUCCAGGUCUCGGAUCCAGUUCACAUCUCUGUACCCCUUCCAUCUGACACCCGCAACAGGAUUGCAACAAGUGUACCGGCUUGGCUGUAUCAGCCUAAAACAGGACUGUGGGUGCGAAAUGGGACAGGCUACAUCAAAAAGGACGGCUCGCAGUUUGUGUGGAACGUUGUGGUUCCUCAGAUGGGAUACUGGUUGGCUGCCUUCCCUACAUCAUCAGGAUUGGGCCUUGCUCACCCGGGCUUAAGGGACAUUACAACCUACCACACCCUGUUCCUGCUCUCCAUCCUUGGUUCACUGGCCCUUCUGGUGCUCAUCCUGCUCUGUGUGCUGCUCUACUACUGCAGGCGGAAGUGUUUGAAGCCUCGUCGACAACAGGGCAAACCUCAUUCAUCCAAUCUAAAUGGCUCAAAAAGAGACCAGGGUACGUCCACCUCACGGCUGAAUCUGAUCUGUGGUGGCCAUGUUGAAUCUGGACCCUCUAAUGAUACUUGCAAAUCAGACUUGUCCCCAUCUCGAGACUACCAAAGUUCAAAGGAAGACUUAACAAAGCAUGUUCCAGCACACAUGCUGAGACACGCAAAAGGAAAAAACAGCAGUUCUCAAAGGGGCGAAAGCUUCCCGAUGAAGGUUACACGUGCCACCGAGACUAACAACUUGGACAACCCUCUGCUCCACGACGACUACAACCGAGGCUACAACCCAAUGGAGGCCAAGGAGGCUGAAUAUUUAAGACACCACAAUGCCAACGACAAUCGAGGCUACGCUUCUGAUCCCCCGUCCCCUCCUCGCUUCCAGGGCUAUGUGCCGAGCCAAUCAGACAAACCUCCAGAAUAUUCAGCAGCAGCAGCAGACAGCCUGGCCAGACCUACAUCCCUCAACACCCAACCAGGCCAGAUCAUCUUCUGCAGCUCAAUUGACCAGAUGAAGGAGAACAUGUACCGGAGCAUGGUGCCAACUCUUGUAAUUCCAGCCCAUUACAUGCGCCUGCCCUCUGAGUUUUCUGGUAAAGAUGGCAAAGAUCAGAAGGAGCAAGACAAAGAUGGUGUGCAGAUGGGAGGUCAGCAACAUCAUCACCAUGGGCAAAAACAGGGGCAACAGCAGCAACAACAGCAAAGUGGAUCCCAAGGUGAUGACUCUGAGGAGCCAAGUUGGGCAUCUGACUCAUCUGGUGGGCCCGUGACCAUUCCUGUUCUCUUCAACGACUCCACAAUGGCUCAGAUGAAUGGAGAACUUCAAGCUCUGACUGAGAAGAAACUACUGGAACUGGGUGUGAAACAGCACCCUCGAGCUUGGUUUAUCUCCUUGGAUGGGCGCGCCAAUUCCCAUGUGCGCCAUUCCUACAUAGAUGUUGCCAAUGACCUUAGUGGUGGCUGUGGUGGAUUUGGAGUUGGCUCCAGCAGCACUCCCAGAGAUGUUAACCUUGAGCCACCUCUGGAAGCCCAAGAACGAAAAUCAGCAAGCAGCCGGAAGGGAAAAGAUGAGCGCUGGGGAACAGGGGGACGAAAGGGACAUGGUGUUGGCAGCAGUGGUGGAAAGAGUUACUCCAAGCUAGCUUAUCCUGACCACAGUGAGCCCAGCAGCAGUGAGGGACGUCCGGUAUCACCAGAGGAAAACUCCCUCACCCCUCUUCUGGAUGAAGGUCCAUCUUCCCGAGGAUCCACCAUCCCCAGAAGAGGGCGCAGUCGUGUGAACAGCGGCCGCAGCAGUAAUAGUGAAAACCGCCGCGACUCCAUGACCAGUCCUGAGGAUGAUCCUGAUGACAAAGAUGAGAAUAAGAAGAGCCCGUGGCAGAAGAUUGAAGACAGGCCUCUGAUGGUCUUCCACCCCAGGAAGUAAACUUUUUGAACUGACAAUGGACCUUUAUCAAUCGUUUCAUUGGGGGAUUUUUCCACAUCAGACAUGAAAAAGGGAGUUCUUUUCACUGAGUGAGAUCACAAUAAGCACAACCAUGCUUCACUAGUCCAUUAUCAGGUUGUUGUUUGAGCCUUUGUGUUUCUGGUGAGGUGCUUUUGCACUUUCUGAGUACUCUUGUAGUCUCACUGUCAGUCCAUCUCAUUGGUUUUCAAUGAGAUUAAUUAUCGUAAACUAAAACCUGUUAAGUUUAUUGUGAAUGUUGUCACCUUAAUCCAUCACUGAACCAUUGUCUGAGCCAUUGACUGUGGAAAUAGCCAUUUUAAUAGAGCAAAAUAUAAGAGUAAAGCACUUACUAAUGAUUUGAUAAUUGAUUGAUACAGAGGUAUUUGGAGGUGAAUGACAUUUUUAUGGGAAUACUUGGUGUUUAGAUGAUUUAAUACUUUCCUGUCCCAAACUGUAACUAGGGAAGUUUUUCUUCAUGUCCUCAAAAGCCUAAAUAUGUGGGGGACCUAUUAAUUGUACUGAGUCAUGAAUGGUUUUACAACGUGAAAUAUGAAACCCUGUUAAUGGAUAAUGCAAACCAUUAAGUCCAGUGUGUGACUUGCAUUUUGCUCCUUCAGGGAUGUACUUGUUUUCCUUCUGUAUUGUGUUCAUAUAUCGUACUUACUUACUCAUAUAGUAAUGAUUUGACCAUCAUGUUUCUGGCAUCCUUUCUGUCUAGUUCAGUGAUUUCUACAGUGAUCUACAGUUCUGCCAAAAUAAUGCAUUUCUGCCUUUCUCCUGUUGUUGAGAUUUUUUGCCUGACAGAGACUUCCUGGCAAAUUUUGUUGUGUAAAUAAAUUCCCUGGCAUUAGAAAGACCAUUUGGUAUAGGACGGUUGCAUGCAUAUGAAUGUAUGAAAUAAACAGAAGGCACCAAAAGCUCCCACAGUUCUUCGGGCUCCUGCAUAGACAACCCCUAACAGCCAAGAAACUUGGUUCAGUCUAAAAACAUAUAAGGCUCAGCAAAAACAUCCCUUACUUGAAGACUUACCUUUUGAUAUUCUACUGAGAUUUACAGGGGUUGUUUGUAGGCAGGGCCUGUACCACUCCUCUCCUGUAAGUGCCUUCUUUCACAUAGGAUUGAGUGAUAGGCAUGCAGGUCCCUUUUUAAAAUGCAGUUCGUUGUCACCUAAACUAAACUGUCCACAUCGACAGGCACUAUAAGCACACUGCAUUCUGGUAAUAACAACACACAUCACUCUGGGGAGCAUGCCUACCAAAACUGAGAACAAACUAACUUUUCAUGCGGCAAUUAUGUCCUUGGAUAUCUUAAUUUCUUGUAUCUAUCCUCUUUUUCACCAAACUUGUAAAUGGUAUGAACUUGAACUAUAUGAGAUUUUAUGUGUAUACAAUGUGCAUGUACUGUAAAUGUAGAAUAGGGUGUUUUUAAUGAAACUUUUUUGAAAUGAUCCAAGAUGUUUGGCACAAAAUGUGAUGCACUAAAGCAUUGAAUUGCGUUGCCAAAUUAACUUGGUUAUAUAAAGAUACACUGACUUUCCCUUAAUUCAGCCCUAACAAAAUUCACUUCCGGUCGUAAAUGUUUACAACAAUAACAUACUGACCAACACGCUCCCGUUGUUACUUAGCAUCACCACUGCCUAUGACACAUCAACAACUGUGAAGCACGUCAUUUAAAAGAACUGAUUGGUAAAAGCUCACUAGUUUAGAGUACUAAACUUUUAAGAGUCUGAUGUUUUAUGAGAGUCAGAAUGUUUGUAUUUGCUGUAGUCAGGAGAGAAUAGGAUGAUAAUGAAGUGAAGACCAUGGAAAUCUUGAAAGCUGUAUAAAAGCCACUGACUUGUCAAUCCUUUUCACCAUUUGCUUGCUGUUCAUAAGCCUGUGUCAGUAGCCUACAGUACAAACUGAAAAUGUGAUGUGAUUCCGAGUCUGAAGAAUAACAGCCAUGAAACGAUUCCUACUGAAUUGUCGUGUCCACUACUGUAAAUGUACCUUUUGGACCAGAUAUGGCAUAAUGAAUUGUGCAAUUGUGGCUUUCCCUGCUUGUUUUCAUUUUACAUUUUUCAGUAGACUGAGUUUUGUGAUCUUGUGUUUCAGGAAGUAUUCAGUCACAACUGAUUAUACUCCAGUUUCUGAGUUCUGAUGGAGCUACUGUCCAGAGGGGACAAAUCAACUGUAUGUAAACGGCUUCAUUUCUGCUGUUGGGUUUUUCAUUGUACAAUGCUUAUGAGGGUUGGGAGGAUUGAACUGUAGGUCUUCAUCCUGUGUAGUAAAUCAUUUUCAGCUUCAUAAACCCGGUCAGUUGUUUGUAAACUGUAAAUGGAUUCUUUCUGUACAUGAGACAACAUAGAAAUAAAUUUGUUUCCACAGUCUGA